AUGGAAGCGUGGGAGAAAUGUUCAGCUUUACUGCCCUUCCAAACCCACCCUCCUCAGUCAGGCCCCCGUGACACUCGUAACCGCCACAGAUUCGCUGCACGACGGCCCCACCGAGGCAGACCCUCAACCCGCCGCGGCCCCGCGCCCUCAGGGAGAAGGCGAGGGGAGCGCAGCGGCUCCCCCGCCGAGCCCGAGGAGAACUCCAGGGGCAGCGCCUACCGCGCCCAGAGCCCGCCACCCCGCGCUGACAGCCCAGCUUCGCGGCUCCCAAAACGGCGGCCCCCGCCAGGGAGUGCCAGCCGCCGGGACCCAGCGGGGAGCCCCUUCCCUCAGCCGCCGGGACCCGGGAGGGAGCCCCGUCCCGUCCCUCAGCCGGGACCCGGCGGGAAGCCCCGUCCCCCACCUCACCCGCCGGCCUCACUCCGCACCGACCACCGAGCGCGCCCUCCGCCCAAGCCGUUUGAAUGCGCCGGGCCCGCGCCGAUUGGCUCCUGCGGGGCCCGCGUCAGAGGGGGCAGCCCCCAACGCCACCGCCGCGGGAGCAAGCGCGGUGCCAUCCCGGCUGCUGAGGCGAGCCCCGCCCGCAGCCCCGCUCCCCGCAGCCGGCCGGGCGCCCCGGCCUUCCCGUGCGAAGCGCUUCCUUCCCGCCAGGGAGGCCGACGGGCAGGACACCCGGCGCCAUCGGCCGCCCCCCGAAUGCCAGGCAGGGCCCGGGUCUACCCCCCGGCUGCAGCGCUCACCGCCUGCCCCGCUGAGGAGCGCAGGGUUAGCAAGAGUAUCAAGUACCCCUUCGUGCAUCCACCACCAGAAAUAUAG